AUGGCAAUGGUAGUAAACCAGUGGUCAGAGAACAUUUCCGCCGAAGCGGGCUCGCAGCUCGGGCUUUGCGGCCAGGACCCCGGCGGCGCUCCCGGGACGCCCGCCGGCUCCACGCCGGGCAACGACGCGCUCUCCGGGGAUAAGAUGCCCAACGUGGACUGCAUGGUGUGCGGGGACAAGUCGAGCGGCAAGCACUACGGCCAGUUCACGUGCGAGGGCUGCAAGAGCUUCUUCAAGCGCUCCGUGCGCCGGAACCUGUCGUACAGCUGCCGGGGGAACCGAGACUGCCCCAUCGACCAGCAUCACCGGAACCAGUGCCAGUACUGCCGCCUGAAAAAGUGCCUCAAAGUCGGCAUGAGGAGAGAAGCCGUGCAACGCGGGCGCACGUCUAACUCGCAGAGCAGCCCGGGACAGUACCUGAGCAACGGCGGCGAGGCGUACAACGGGCAGCCGUACCUGUCGGGCUUCAUCUCGCUAUUGCUGCGCGCCGAGCCCUACCCCGCCGGGCGCUACGGUGCCCAGUGCAUGCAGGGCAACAACCUGAUGGGCAUCGAGAACAUCUGCGAGUUGGCCGCCCGGCUCCUCUUCAGCGCCGUGGAGUGGGCCAAGAACAUCCCCUUCUUUCCGGACCUGCAGCUUAUGGAUCAGGUGGCGCUGCUGCGCAUGUCGUGGAGUGAACUGUUCGUCUUGAAUGCGGCGCAGUGCUCCAUGCCGCUGCACGUGGCGCCCCUGCUGGCGGCGGCCGGCCUACACGCCUCGCCUAUGUCGGCCGAGCGCGUGGUAGCCUUCAUGGACCACAUCCGCGUCUUCCAGGAGCAGGUGGAGAAGCUCAAGGCGCUCCAGGUGGACACAGCUGAGUACUCCUGCCUCAAGUCCAUCGUCCUCUUCACGUCCGAUGCCAUGGGCCUGUCGGACGUGUCUCACGUGGAGAGCAUCCAGGAGAAGUCUCAGUGCGCGCUGGAGGAGUACGUGCGCAACCAGUACCCGGGGCAGCCCAACCGUUUCGGGCGGCUGCUGCUGCGCCUGCCGUCGCUGCGCAUCGUCUCCUCGCCCGUCAUCGAGCAGCUCUUCUUCGUGCGCCUGGUGGGCAAGACGCCCAUCGAGACGCUCCUGCGCGACAUGCUGCUCUCCGGCUCCGGCUACAACUGGCCCUACGUGCCGGCCGCCGCCGCCGCCGCCGUGCAACGCGAGCGACCCAUCUCGCUACACUACAACGACAACGGGCCCUGA